UCAAACAAGAUGUCGACGCCGCUUUCGAAGCCCCAAAUCAUCGCGCACGUCCAAAAGAGUUUGAACUACACGAUAUUUGACUGCAAAUGGAUCCCGUGCAGUUCCAAAUUCGUGUGUCUCGGCAACUUUCCGAGGGGAACCGGAGUGAUGCAAAUCUACGAAAUGCAGCACGGAGAGGCUCAACUUAUCAAAGAGGUGGAGAAAGCCAAGCCCAUAAAGUGUGGUACAUUUGGGGCCUCAUCUCUUUGCCAAAGACACCUAGCAACGGGGGACUUUGACGGGCGUCUAAACAUUUGGAACCUGGAGGAGACCGACUUGCCAGUGUACUCGGUCAAGGCCCACAAAGAGAUCGUCAACUGCAUAGACGCCGUCGGCGGUCUCGGCAUCGGCGACGGUGCGCCCGAGAUCGUCACCGGAAGCCGAGACGGUACAGUGAAAGUGUGGGAUCCUCGGCAGCGAGACUCGCCCGUAGCCAAUAUGCAGCCGGUAGAAGGAGACGCCAAGAGGGACUGCUGGACGGUUGCCUUUGGCCACGCCUUCAACGAUCAGGACCGCUGCGUGUGCGCCGGAUACGAUAAUGGCGACAUCAAACUGUUUGACCUGCGCAACAUGUCUCUGCGCUGGGAGACCAAUAUCAAGAACGGGGUGUGCAGCGUGGAGUUCGACAGAAAGGACAUCAACAUGAACAAGAUGGUGGCCACCUCGCUGGAGGGGAAGUUCCACGUGUUUGACAUGCGCACUCAGCACCCCACUAAGGGUUUCGCCUCUGUCUCUGAAAAGGCUCACAAAUCGACCAUCUGGCAGGUGAGACAUUUACCUCAGAACCGCGAGAUCUUUCUGACGGCCGGCGGCUCGGGCAGCAUUCAUCUGUGGAAAUACGAAUACCCGGCCCAGCGCAGUAGGAAAGACCCGGACGGCAACAGCGUCGGCGUGGCGGGCUCGGUCAGCCUUCUGCAGAACGUCACGCUGUCCACGCAGCCCGUGGCCAGCCUGGACUGGAGCCCCGACAAGCAGGGCCUUUGCGUGUGCGCUUCCUUUGACCAGACGGUGCGGGUGCUCAUUGUCACCAAACUCAACACGGUGUGA